AUGGCUCGAUUAUACGAUGCAAUCGAACCGGAAGUCGUUUCAAUGGGCAUGCUUCAACAUGCUGUGGAAUCACUACGACCUGAAACAGAUAGUCAAGCUGUACCGAGAGAAGAUAAACUCGAUUAUAGUGCUGUUGAUUCACUCCGUUUGGAUUUUCGAAAUGUUCUUCGAAUGGAAAAUCUCUGGCUGUUUACUAAUUUAACGAAACUUCAAAUGGAUAAUAACAUUAUUGAACGUAUCGAAGGACUUGAAACAUUGACUAAAUUGACCUGGUUAGAUCUUUCGUUUAACAAUAUUACACAGAUUGAAGGUUUGGAUGCAUUAACUGAACUAACAGAUCUCUCGUUGUACAAUAAUCGAAUAACCGUGAUUGAGAACAUGGAUUCAUUGAAAAAAUUGAACGUCUUUUCUAUUGGAAAUAAUCAAGUCGACGAUGAAAACAGCAUUCGUUAUCUUCGUCAGUUUGAUAAUCUUCGAACGUUCUGCCUGCGUGGUAAUCCAUUUGCAUCAAAACCAGAUUAUUACGUGUUUACAAUUUCACAUUUACCACAAGUUCAUUUCCUUGAUUAUAAACUUAUUGAGGAUGCAGCGAGAGAAGAAGCAACGAAGAAAUACGAAAUUCAAAUUCAACAAUUGAUCACCCAAGAAGAUCAAGACCGAGAAAAAGAACGUAAAGCUGAAGAUCAAAGAAAACAACAACAAUUGUACAAGGAUGCUUUUGUGGAAAAUAUGGAUCAAAAACAAUUAUUCGCUGCGAUGUUUAAAGAUGACACCGAAGGACAAAGAUUACUUCUUGUUCCUGGUGCUGAUGAAUUAGUGGCACAAAUUGAAGAGAAAUUCGUGGCGGUUGUUCAUCAAAUGUUCGAAUUUGGUCUUAAAGAAAAAGAAACGCGAGAUCGGGAAAUCGAAGAUUUUUGGGUGUGUGUCAACGAAGCGAAAGACGAAAAUACUCGACGAGCUGCAGCGAUUGUCGAUGAGUUCAAGGAAUAUCGAACACAACUAUUUGCGAAGGAAGAUUUUGAACAGCAAGGUGUAUCAUCUGCAGUUGCUGCUGAAUAUGACAAAGCGUUAAACACUCUUCAUAACAAACUAAUGGCUUUAGAAAUUGCCUUAGUCGAUCAAUUGGAAGACACUAUUCAAACAUUCGAGCGAAACUUAGGUGAAAUGGUUUCGAAUUUUACGGAAUCAAUGCGUGGAAAUUUUGGUUUAUUACGAGAAUUUCAAGCUUAUUUCAAUGAAUCUAUUGGAAAUCUAUGUGUUGCUGCUUUUGAACGAUACACGAAAGGUGAACUCGACGAUGAUUUUUCCGAUGAAACACGUGAUCUUUUUGCUGAUAAGGAUACGAUACUGAAUGCAUGUCAAACGUCAGAUGAAAUUCAUCGCACUAAGAUCGAUCAACGUGAAGACGAAAUGUUCUCGCGCAUCGCUAAUUGGUUAACCACAAUGAUGGACAACAUCCAUGAAGAAGAGGAAUAUAAACGAAAUCGCAAACGUAUUAUUGAAAUUAGUCGAUUAAUUGAUUACCUCCGAGCGGAUAUCGACGACAUGUAA